CAGUAAACAACUAAGAUCGGCUUCUACAUCGACAAUGUUCAUAUAGUUUCAUAUAGUGCUUUCCUUUGUGUAGUGUAACCUCACCCUUGUGUCAUCGAAUGUAUCGUUGAUCGACAAGUAAUUUUGACAGGUUAUAUAUGUGACAUCACUAUCCUGGAAGAACAAGUUUUAUAUAAAAUUUUAUAAGAUCCUGUUAAGUGAGAAAAAAGAAAAAAAUUCAUAUAGUGAGUGGGAGGUGUUUUGAAAACCGGCGAACACAGGUGUCUCGGCGGUCAACCUUGUUGUCAAGAUGGCGUCAAAGGGAAAGUUGGCCACUGAGCAUGGCCGCUCAGAUUCAUACAGGGUCGCCACUUUACCAAACAUUCGCGAUGACAACAAAAGUGCAGAUGGAAUGUACAAGUCGCGGCGGAAGACCCCGAAGAAAAGGGGGGAUAAUCUGGAUGACCUCAAACAAGAGUUGGAUAUAGACUUUCACAAAAUUUCCCCCGAAGAGUUAUAUCAGAGAUUUCAGUCGCACCCCGAAAACGGCCUUAGCCAUGCAAAAGCGAAGGAGAAUUUGGAAAGAGACGGCCCGAAUGCUCUCACACCACCUAAACAAACACCUGAAUGGGUCAAGUUCUGCAAGAAUCUCUUCGGAGGUUUUGCCCUGCUCCUGUGGAUUGGCGCCAUCCUCUGUUUUAUCGCUUAUUCCAUUCAGGCUUCGACAAGCGAAGAUCCUAACGACGACAACUUAUAUUUGGGUAUCGUCCUUGCAGCUGUCGUGAUAGUGACGGGAAUUUUCUCGUAUUAUCAGGAGAGUAAAUCUAGUAAAAUUAUGGAGUCGUUCAAAAAUAUGGUUCCCCAAUUCGCCACGGUAAUCAGAGAAGGUGAAAAGCUUACAUUAAGAGCGGAGGAAAUUGUUUUGGGAGACGUUGUGGACGUUAAAUUCGGGGAUAGGAUCCCUGCUGAUAUUAGGAUUAUCGAAUCUCGAGGAUUUAAGGUAGACAACAGCUCGUUAACUGGAGAAUCCGAGCCUCAAUCAAGAUCGCCGGAAUUUACGAACGAGAAUCCUUUGGAGACGAAGAACUUGGCUUUCUUCUCGACAAAUGCUGUUGAAGGCACUGCAAAAGGUAUUGUCAUCUGUUGUGGAGAUCAAACAGUGAUGGGAAGGAUUGCCGGUCUCGCGUCCGGCCUCGACACUGGUGAGACUCCAAUCGCCAAGGAAAUCCAUCACUUUAUUCAUUUAAUUACCGGCGUAGCCGUGUUCCUCGGCGUUACCUUCUUCGUCAUAGCCUUUAUUUUGGGUUACCAUUGGCUUGAUGCGGUCAUCUUCCUUAUUGGAAUCAUCGUAGCUAAUGUGCCUGAAGGUCUGUUGGCGACCGUCACGGUAUGUCUCACUCUCACUGCCAAGAGAAUGGCAUCAAAGAACUGUCUCGUUAAGAAUCUCGAGGCCGUCGAGACUUUAGGAUCGACGUCCACUAUUUGUUCAGACAAGACCGGAACUCUCACCCAAAACAGAAUGACUGUUGCCCACAUGUGGUUCGACAACCAGAUAAUCGAGGCCGACACCACCGAGGAUCAAUCUGGAGUUCAGUAUGACAGGACAAGUCCUGGAUUCAAGGCUUUAUCCAAGAUCGCAACGCUUUGCAAUCGAGCCGAGUUCAAGCCCGGUCAAGAUGGAGUGCCAAUUCUCAAGCGAGACGUGAAUGGUGACGCUUCCGAGGCUGCCCUUCUCAAAUGUAUGGAGCUCGCCCUUGGGGACGUGAUGGGAAUACGUAAGCGAAACAAGAAAGUGUGCGAGGUCCCCUUCAACUCGACGAACAAGUACCAAGUGUCCGUCCACGAAUCGGAUGAUCCAAAUGACCCUCGACAUCAGCUAGUCAUGAAGGGAGCACCAGAGAGAAUCUUGGAUCGCUGCUCAACAAUCUUCAUCAGUGGAAAGGAGAAAGUUCUUGAUGAGGAAAUGAAGGAAGCGUUCAACAACGCCUACCUCGAGCUCGGCGGACUUGGAGAGCGAGUUCUCGGCUUUUGCGACUUUCUUCUGCCAUCUGAUAAAUUCCCACUAGGCUUCAAAUUUAACUCUGACGAUCCGAACUUCCCUACAAGUGGACUACGAUUUGUGGGACUUAUGUCAAUGAUUGAUCCGCCCAGAGCUGCGGUACCAGAUGCCGUGGGAAAAUGUCGUUCCGCUGGUAUCAAGGUCAUCAUGGUUACUGGUGAUCAUCCAAUCACUGCCAAAGCCAUUGCCAAAUCCGUCGGAAUUAUCUCCGAAGGUAAUGAAACAAUUGAGGAUAUUGCUCAGCGGCUGAACAUUCCCGUUUCCGAAGUGAAUCCCCGCGAAGCGAAAGCUGCAGUGGUCCACGGAAGUGAUCUCAGGGAUUUGAACUCCGAUCAGCUGGACGAAAUCCUCAGAUAUCACACCGAAAUAGUGUUCGCUCGUACCUCGCCUCAGCAGAAGCUUAUAAUUGUCGAGGGCUGCCAAAGAAUGGGUGCCAUUGUUGCGGUAACAGGCGAUGGUGUGAAUGACUCGCCUGCUUUGAAGAAAGCGGACAUUGGAGUUGCCAUGGGAAUUGCCGGUUCGGACGUCUCAAAACAAGCUGCGGACAUGAUUUUGCUGGAUGAUAAUUUUGCUUCAAUUGUCACAGGAGUCGAAGAGGGUCGAUUAAUCUUCGAUAAUUUGAAGAAGUCUAUCGCUUACACUUUAACUUCCAACAUUCCUGAGAUUUCUCCUUUCUUGGCCUUCAUUCUUUGCGACAUUCCCCUGCCACUUGGUACCGUUACGAUUCUUUGCAUCGAUUUGGGAACUGAUAUGGUACCGGCCAUCUCACUGGCCUACGAGGCACCGGAGUCGGACAUUAUGAAACGUCAGCCACGCGAUCCUUACAGAGAUAAUCUCGUAAACCGAAGGCUUAUUUCCAUGGCGUACGGACAGAUUGGUAUGAUACAGGCAGCAGCGGGUUUCUUUGUCUACUUUGUAAUUAUGGCUGAGAACGGAUUUCUGCCUACGCGUCUUUUCGGUAUCCGGAAAAUGUGGGAUUCUAAAGCUAUAAAUGAUUUGACGGACAGCUAUGGACAGGAAUGGACAUAUAGAGAUCGUAAGACGUUGGAAUUCACCUGCCAUACGGCAUUCUUCGUGUCGAUUGUCAUAGUGCAAUGGGCUGACUUGAUUGUCUGCAAAACAAGACGGAAUUCCCUCUUCCAUCAAGGAAUGAGAAAUUGGGCCCUUAACUUUGGAUUAAUCUUUGAAACAGCACUUGCUGCUUUCCUGAGUUACACACCUGGAAUGGACAAGGGUCUUCGCAUGUUUCCUCUCAAGUUUGUUUGGUGGUUACCAGCACUUCCAUUCAUGUUGGCCAUCUUCAUUUACGAUGAAACAAGGCGAUUUUAUAUUCGUCGAAAUCCAGGUGGUUGGCUAGAACAAGAAACUUAUUAUUAGAUGCCCUGUCGCAACGAAAUAGAGAAGCAGCGGCAGAAGAGAAAGCAUACCCACGCAGAAACACAUGAAAAGAAACAAAAAUAAAAAAUCAUUUACAAAAUGAGAAAAAGUAUUCAUUCACAAAAAAAGAAAUACAUACAUUUACACGUUUUACAUAGGGCGUGCUAUUGGGUCUAUCAUCGUCGCGAGGUAGGCUUGACUGCAUUCAUCAUUAUUAUAGCCGAUUCGCUUGGCUUUAGGUUUUUUCACAUCGAACAAACCGAUAACAACGACGAAGACGUCGCCAAGAGUGUUCUACGUGGGCGACAUCGUGCGUUGAGACUAGGGCGCUGUUACAAACAGUAACUCGUCAUUCCUGCUCUGCUUGCUCAGACUCAACAAUCUUCAGUCAAUACGAACUUCGUAAUAUGAGGGACGGAAUGACGACACCAAAAAUAAACGAUUGUGUGCGGAAGAAUUUAAGAAAGGCCUAAAAAGAAUGUAGAGGAGAAAUCUUAGUAUAAGAUGAAGAUGCAACUCGCCAAACAAAUUAAACAUUAUUGCUCGAAUAUCUUAUAAAUUUGACAAGUUUCAUCUUAACUUUCUCUCUCAUCAUUAAUCAAACCAGGCAAGCCCUUAUUAUUGGAGACUAAGAAGUGGAGUAACUAACAAUCCAAUAUACUAAGAAACUCAUUGAAUAUUAGAUUCAGCUAUAAGUGAAGGCAGACGAAAACAACAGCAGCAACACUCCAUUCGUCUUGUAAAAUGAAGAAUCUCCACUCAAAUCCAUAAAUUGCUAAUAAAACCGUACGCUAGAUUGGCACGCCCUAGUUAAAGAGAGAAAAAGAAGUUUUAUUAAAAUAACUAAUGGAAUAUUUAAAAAUGAAAAAUCGCGUUCGCAGUAUUCAUUAAAAUUAUUAUUAUUAUUAUUAUUAUUAUUAUUAUUAUUAUUAUUAUUAUUAUUAUUAUUAUUAUUAUUAUUAUUAUCAUCAUUAUUAUUAUUAUUAUUAUUAUCAUUAUUGUACAAGAAAUAAUAUCGUUCGGUUUUAAUCUUAUUCCGAGUAGCUCUGAACAGAUUGCGUAUAAUCAGUAGUUUGAGUCUUGGACGAAACACACAGAAAGCGAAAACAAGUUAAAUAGUAUAAAUAUUAGCCAAUCAAUACCAACUACAAGAGAUUUCGAAUUAAAUUAUUACGCGGACGACGCGGUAUUCGUAGAGCCAAAGUACACCGCGACCAAAAAAGGAAAAAAAUUAAAAAAUAGGGUUUGGGUUGGGUGGGGGGAGGGAAACUGUUAUUGAUUUAAUCGUAAUAAAGUAUAACGUGAAUAGGAGCUGAGAGAAACAGUAGGAGCAGGAUGGUUGUAGACGGAGAAAGGGGGAAAGUAAAAAACACAUUCUUAUGUAGGUGAUCGAAUUAAAGAAAGAAAAACAGUAAGGAUAAAAACAUUCAUUCUCUUAGUUUUUCAUAGGUUGUAAAACGCCAGUGGUGUACAAAACUCGCUAUCGAGAAAUCACUUAACCCCGAAACGUCGAACGCCCUGUUCUCAACCAACGGUAUCGACUCGAAUAACGCUCUUUACAAAAGUGACUUAAAUGCCUGCCAUGUGACUUUUGGGAUCGGAGAUCAACCGGGGCCAACAGAAAAUACACAAAAUAAAUAUUCUUUGACUGGGUACCGGAUUUUCUAAAGCUGCAUGUCGCUCUGUCCGGUUCGAUAAUAUCGUUAUCUGCGCGACGCACAUUAGAAAAGCCCGUCUCCAAGUCGAGUAUCACGUACAUAUGUAACACAAUCACACGCUCAUGUCUCGGCCCGGAAACUCAGGCCCGAAACCUACCUAAAGUGUUCAUAUAAUCGAGAUGUUCUCGAGGUGUCAUACACGCGUUAAAAAAUGCACGUUCUUCCUUUACCAGUUUCCCCAUCAAUUUGAUAAAUAAGGGAGUACCGAGCCAGCAGCAAGAAAUGCGUGAGCUCCUCAGCUCUUCCGAUUAUUUUUUUCUUGUUAUGCUCGCGAGGGGCUGUGCGAACUUUCCGCCAGUGAAUAAGCGUCACACACUGUUGUGGGAGACUGGUGGAGUCCAGAGGAUGCGCCGAGUGCAAAAAUUUAUUAUUUCGUCGAGAAGGUUAACACCUUGACCCUGUAAAGUUUUAUUAAUCAACACUUGGUGCAUAGGUAACUCAACACUGUAACUUGAAAAGUAUUUUAAAAUAGUCUUUCCAAAAUAGCUGUCGUUUCAUAAAUAUAAAGUACCUUCUAUUUCUUGCUUACAAUUACGCAAUUACAAUUGGCAAAAUAUUUAAAAAUUCUUAAAAAUUAAGUUUAUGAUAUUAAGCAGUGUUCGGUGUUGAAUAAUUCAACUAAUCGAAGAGAAAAGUUUGCCAGGGAGGCUCGGAGCAUUUGGAGGCUCGGCAUUGAUUUUUGUAAACGCUUGCGAGAAAGAUGAUGGAUCCGCGGUUGUUAACAGGGUGUUCCGUGUCGGGGGGCGUAGAAGCCCAAAUAAAAUGCUUUGCCAUCGUGCGCCGCCUCUCAUUUUAGGCUAAUAAUUUAAAUAAUAUAAUAAUUAUUAUUAUUAUAAUGAUAAUAUAAUACAUGUUAAAAUAAGAUAUUAUUAGAUGUAAUUAUUAUAUAUGGUUUAGUUUAGCUCGUGUUGUUGAAGAAAAAACAAAGUAAGUUUAAGUAAAAAAAAUUAAAAAAGAUGAUGAUAAAUGGAGAAGGUGCGAGGAAAUCUCGGUCUAAGACCAGAAAAAAUAUGUGACAGACUGAACGGGUACAGGUGAAAUAUUUAUCUAGCAUUUCUUCUUGAGUCGCGUCCUCGUAGUCGUGAGCAAAAGACGCAAAUUUAAAAUCAGUCUUUUGAAAAAAUGUAAAUGCUCGAGGAUAGAAAUGAACCAAAAUUAGCAAAGAGUAAGCCUUGAGACUGUGAGUUUGCAAACUAAACAUUGGAAUGAGGUCUUCGUGCCUGUACAGACCGUCACAUGUUACAGAAUUAUUGAAUGAUUAUGAGAAAAAUUGAAUAAUGUUUUAUUAAUAUUGUAAAUAUUUUAAAUAAUUGAAAACGGACAGGCAGAUUGUGCGUGACUGGGGACUCGCCUGAGAACGACCUGCCCGAUUAAUUAACGGAAGAUCACACUCGACGCUUGAGUCCCUACAGUUUUUGUGUUUUCGUUAGCAGCACAUGUAUUACACACCGUUACACGCACGCAUAUUAAAUACACAGAAAAACGCCACUACACAUCCACCUGAACACACAUUGAUCUUGUCUACUAUCUUAUACCUUCAAAAUAAAAAUUCCUUUCGUAUGAUUAUCUAUAAGUUCUGUUUUCACACGCGAAUACAUUAAGGAAUAAACGAGAGACAUUGUCCAACCCAAGUGUCAUUACUUUUGAUGUUAAAUAAAAAAUAAAUAAUUAAUA